AUGCAGCAGUCGAUCCUCACCAACAUCUUCCUGGCAGUCUCCCUCAUGAGCACCGCCGCCCUCGGCAAAGCAAUCAGCGUCCCGGGCCCAGCCAUCGUCGUCCGCCAAACAAACCCGACGACGCCCGCCGCCCAGUCGACAAUCAUGUCGUGCGGCGAGUACUCCCGCAUCGCCAACCUCUCCACCGUCGGCGCCAACAGCACCUACCGCGCCACCUUUUUCGAGGCCUCGCCCAACGGGAACCAGUUCAACGCCGAGGUCCUCGACACCGCCAUCCUCAAGCUGCCGAGCGUCAUCAUGGACCGCGCCCUGAACGAGGCCUGUGGGAACUUGACGGCGCUGGCGAUCCAAGAGGCUGCCAACAAUUUUACGAUUCGCACCGUCUUGCAGUUUUCGAAUAUCCCGCCUGCUGCGCCGCUGGAUAUCUCGACAAAUAUUAUUUUUGUGUGUGCGGGCGCGUUGUUUUUUAUGACGGGGAUUUGGAUGACCAUGCCGUGA